CAACAGACAGGAGUUCGGAGAUACAGGAGUAGGCAAAGACGAGAUCCAUCCAACACAGCAACAAUGCAUAAGCUGGUAUUCUGCUGUCUCAUUAUUAUUGGCUUCUCCUGUCCUCUCUCAUCUCUCCCCAUCAUCAAUGCCAGUGAGAUGUCGUAUCAACUCUCAGCUGAUGAAGAUCCAAGAUUAGACCUGGAGAGACUGGGCAGCCUAGGAAGCACUUCCCUGCUUCAGUUCCUGCCAGAGCUCUUGGGCACACUGACUGAAGACAAUAAAGGAGGUCUUAGCCCCAGCAGCUACAACCCAAGGGAAAAUAUCAAAGAGACUUUCUACGGAAAUCAUCCUCGAAUUGCUUUGCUGGGCCGCUUCUUGACCAAGGAUAGGAAACAGUACAAGAAACGUGGGAAUCUUUCCGAGUGCUUCUGGAAAUAUUGUGUGUAAGCAGGAG